AUGCGUCCCCCCGUGCGUCUAUCAGCUGAUGCCGCGUUGGCCAGGACUGAGAUGCUGCCCGCGCGAGGAGCCAUGGCCAACUUCCGUCUAGCACUAAUCCAGCUUCAUGUAUCUGCUGUGAAGUCAGAUAAUCUGAACAAAGCUUGUGGAUUGAUAAGAAAAGCAACAGCACAAGGAGCAAAUGUUGUGGCUCUGCCUGAAUGCUUUAACUCUCCCUAUGGUACUAAAUAUUUUCGUGAAUAUGCAGAGAAAAUCCCUGGAGAAUCCACACAGAAGCUCUCAGAAGUUGCAAAAGAGUGUGGCAUCUAUCUCAUUGGAGGAUCCAUUCCAGAAGAGGAUGCUGGGAAGUUGUAUAACACGUGUACUGUUUUUGGACCUGAUGGUGCUACGUUGGCUAAGCACAGAAAGAUUCAUUUAUUUGACAUUAAUGUUCCUGGGAAAAUCCGGUUCCAGGAGUCAGAAACUCUGAGCCCAGGGGACAGUUUCUCCAUCUUUGAUACUCCAUACUGUAAAGUGGGACUGGGGAUCUGCUAUGACAUCCGAUUUGCUGAGCUUGCUCAAAUCUACACACAGAAAGGUUGCCAGCUGCUAGUGUAUCCAGGGGCUUUUAAUAUGACAACUGGACCAGCCCACUGGGAACUGCUGCAAAGGGGACGAGCGGUUGAUAACCAAGUCUAUGUGGCUACUGCAUCUCCUGCUAGGGACGAGAAAGCAUCUUAUGUUGCCUGGGCACACAGCACUGUAGUAAACCCAUGGGGGGAAGUCAUAGCCAAAGCUGGCACUGAGGAAACCAUUAUCUACACAGAUAUAGACCUGAAGAAGCUUGAAGACAUCCGCCAACAAAUCCCCAUUCUUACUCAAAAGCGCUCAGAUCUGUACAGCGUAGAGGCAAAGAGAGAGUGAGGCUUCAUGCGUACAGCUCCAUGCUCUUCAAAACUCAGAUCAAGAGCCGCUCUUUUGACAUUUGCUUGUAUCAUCAGACAGAAAAAGACAGUAAAAUAAUCAUUUUCACAAGCUAUUGCUGACCUUGCAUCCGAUAACCAUACAGUUAAGCACAAGAGCACAGGGUUCAUUUCAGAAUUAUACCAGCAUAAGUGAAGCUGAAUGGAGGUGGCUUGUGAGCUGGCUUUUAUCUCCUUUCAUACUUUAGCUAUUUCAUGGUACUUUACAAAGCCAUGACUUAAGUGCUGGGAUAGAGUUUUGCCUGCAGCUUUUGAACACUGAACCUUGUCUAGCUGAGGAGGAAUGCUGGCCAGGACCCUGCACUUUCUGAAAAGUGCCAUGAGACUUUGUAGUUUCUACCCAAACAAUUAUUGAAGGUCUAGUAUCUCAACUGUAUUGGAUAGAGUGAGUCCUGCCGUGAGACUUGAACCCACUGCUGUGGGUCCAGAGGUACAGCUGACACCACCCCACUGACAUACACCGAAGUUAUAUUUUCUGUAUGCAGUGAUGUAAAAUCAAAGGUCUUUCUACUGUGGCUGUCACUGUCAUAUCUAGGCAUCAAAUUAAUGAUGACUUUUCUUCUCCUGCCUUUCUGCCCUAUGCAUCCCAGCCCGGGCAUAGAGGAUGAAUUCCUACUCCCAUUUGCUGCUGCUCGCAGUUCUCUAGCACUUGCCUGUCUUCCUGCCUCAGGUUCCCUCUGGAGCCUAUUGCUGUCAACCCUUAACUGGCUGCGGAGGAGGGGAAACUGGGCUAAGGCUGCCAUUUUAUGCAAGAUCCUUGCAACUGUGUUCAGCAUCAGUAUCUACCAAGUUAAUUUUUACACUGUUCUUUAUAUUAAACACACUAUUAUUCUUAGUUUGGUGCUUAUGUUUAAUGCAACAAGAGGAGCUGGCAUGGAUUCUUCUGCAAGCUCUAACCUAGUGGUGGUGGUACAGCAUCCUUUUGACAGGCUAUAAGAAAAUCCAGUUAAACAAGACUGUGGCUUGAGAUAGCUCCUGGAAUAUUUUGCCACCUUGCAAUGUACAAAUAAAGCACCAAUCACUGGCCCUAAUAAAGGCUGUGAUCCUGCCACCCAUCUGGGUGUGGAAUUCCCCCUCUCAUGGAGGGGAUGAUUGGGCUUAUUUUAAAUUGCAGAUCCUUAAAGCAAAACUACUGUGUAAACAAGUGUCAUGGUAGCAAUUCUGGUAAAGCUAGUUAGUGGAAAAUCUGUAAUAACUCCUCUCAAGAAUGUGGGAUACCAAGGCCGAGAGAGGAGGCCAUCACACACAUUCCCCCUUGUAUCUCCCUGACUUCUGGAGUUCUCUGGACAAUCUAGACUCAUUCCCUUGUCACUUUAAUGGCUAAUUCUCAAGUUUGUAAGCAAAUGCCCAAACUCUUUUAUGUAAAAGUUUUUUAAAAUGUAGAUCAAUAGUUUGUCACCAUUAGCUCAUCUAACAAGCGACUCUUCCUCUCACUGCUGUAAACAUUUAACUCACUCUUAGCAUUUACACCAGUCAUUCCGUUUAAUUUCUGAUUCAAGCCAGACUCCAGCCUGUGUAAACAUAUUAAAAGUGAGGGGCCAAAUUCUGCCCUGGAACAGCUAGACUAUCUGCAAUGGAAUAAUUCCAGAUGGAGAGUAGUGCUAGAAAGGUUUUAGACCAUUAUGUCUUGCAUGUAGAGUCUAAGCUAAUUAUGGUGCAAUUCCUGGCUUUGGCAGCUGGUGCUGCAACUUUAGUGAUGUGGAAUUCCUUUUCUUUGUGUGUCAGGACUCUAUGUACACAGACUUUGAGGUACAGUACUACCUAAAGUGGCUUUUUCUAAUUGUUAAUUAUGCCUCCUGCUAUUUUGAACUGAAUAAUUUGCAAGCAGAAGAGGUGGUUAGAAAGGUACCUUUUGCUGAGGAGCUUUUGGAAACAGGCCUAUUGCUGGAAUUUGUUUUCUAAAGAAGGAGUCGGGGGGAGAGGGGAAUUACUACUCUUGAGCAAUGUGGGCCUACAUCUGAGACAUACUGAGCACCUGUAGCUCCCACUGACGAUUACUGCACAGGUGUUUGCUGUACUAGCCAUCUGGGUAGAGAUGAGGCCUAUCAGCUGUAGAGGAUCCUUCAUUUCUUCACUGUUCCUCUCACUGAAAUGAGGGACAAAUUUUGGUAACAUGCUUCAUCAUGACAAACUGGCAAUUUAAGUGGCUAAAAUACCUUUGCAAUAAAACAAUGUCUUUUCUGCCUCCAACUCUGAGCCUAAGAGACAUUGUUUUCCAAUUUCCAGGGUUUACAGUAGCCUCUCAAAAAAAGCACCAAACAGUAGCUGCACUGUAAAAGGCCCUUCUAAUCUCAGCAGCUUGCUUCUCAAAUACAAAAAUAGUUUCAGCACCUUGUUUUCAUUAAGUAGACACACUGCAUAAGAAUUUCCCAAACCAGACUAUAAAAUGAAGAUUUAUUAGUUGAAAAAUAUAAAAGAUUUAGCAAACAAUGUACCAUUUUGAGUCUAGUUUAAUAUAAAUUUCUGCAAGGAGCCAUCCUCUGAGCCCCUCCUGUCUGCCACCCUCAGCACGAUAACCCAGGUCAGCAUAUAUGACUUAUAAAAACAUCAGCUAUUUGUUUCAUUUUUAAACUACAGUGUCUGAUAGAAGGAUACGGUUUGGGUUUUCUUGUUUUUGUUUCCUGUGCAGCAGAAUAUAAAUUAAAGUUUAUUUUUCAUG